AUGUCAACGAAUAUGAUGAAAUAUGAUUCGUUCAAUAGAUCACAACAACAAUUAUUGAAUAGACCAUUUGUUAUUUAUAUACGUGACGGAGAUACAAAUGGAUUUGAAGGUUUACCUAUUGCUUCAGAUCCAGAUUCUGAACUAAAUGGUAUAGUGAUGUAUAAACUCACUGAAUAUACAAAUAAUGGAGAUCCUGUGAAAGAACCUCGAUUAAAUAUUACUAUGACAUAUGAUCAUAUUCAUUCAGUCAAUCCAAAACUAAUACUUCUUCGAUCAUUAGAUUAUGAAAAUAUAGAUGAUCGUGAAAUCUAUGCUACAUUCUAUGCCAUUGAUGGAGGUGAUCCAUCAUUGACUGGUUCAUUAUCAAUUAUAAUUCGUUUAUUAGAUAUGAAUGAUAAUCCCCCUGUGAUUAAACAACCUACAAAGGCAGAACAAUAUAUUACAUUACCAGAGAAUACAACAUUAGAUAAUAAACCAUUCUAUAUGGUGAAUGCAACAGAUGCUGAUUCUGGUGAGAAAAGUCGUUUAAUCUAUUCAUUUAGUCAAUUAGCUAAUAGUCUGAUUCCAAUAAAAUUUCAUAUUGAUUCAAUCAAUGGUGCGAUUACAAUACGUGAACCAUUAGAUUAUGAAGUAUAUUCUGAACGUCAAUUUCUAUUACCGAUUGUUGUCAAAGAUUCUGGUAGUCCACCAUUAUCCUGUACGACGUCGAUUUCUAUUCAAACUAAAGAUAUUAAUGAUAAUAUACCAACAUUAAUGAUACAAGAGAAUAUUACGAUUCCAGAAGGACAUAUAUUUACAAAACCAAUUAUACGAUUUUAUAUUAAAGAUGAAGAUGAAGUAUCUCAUGUGAAAGUAAGUUAG